AAAGAAGAAAAAUUGGCGAAUUUUGGCCAUUGCAAAAAAACAUUUAGAGAACCGACUUUGAAAAAACUACCAACUCUUCACAUAAAAGUUCCCAAAUUUUACUCACUGCAGCUCCGUUUGUACCAUCGACGGGUGCACGCCGUUCAAUCAAGAAGUCCGAUCUAUAUCUUUUCACUUUUCAAUCUCGCCUGUAAUAUUUCCCAAUCAGAUCGCCCAUAAUUUGAAUCCACAAUGAGCUCCGCAUCGCUAUCAGGAGGCGGCAUGAGCUUUUACUCGGGAUUUACAAAGCUGUGCAAGGGGCUGGCAGUGGUGUUGAUAGGGGGUCACAUUGUGGUUAAGAUUUUGCCCUCUGCAGUUUCUUAUCUUGCUCUUAUCCCUGCCAAAACUAUUCCUUUUGCUUGGAAUCUCUUAACAGCUGGAUACAUUGAACAGUCCAUAUAUGGGCUUGUAGUCAGCACAGUUGGUCUUCUUCUCAUAGGGAAGCUGCUUGAGCCUAUAUGGGGUUCUCGGGAGUUCUUGAAGUUCAUUUUUAUCGUCAACUUUCUGACUUUCGUUUGUGUUUUCGUCACGGCUAUUUCCUUGUACUACAUUACAACAGAGGAAAUAUACCUCUAUGCACCUAUAUCUGGUUUCCAAGGGGUUCUUUCAGGCUUCUUAGUUGGUAUCAAGCAGAUAAUACCAGAUCAAGAGCUUUCCUUACUGAAGAUAAAGGCAAAAUGGCUGCCCUCUAUUGUGCUAUUGGUGUCUAUUGUUGCAAGCUUUUUCACGACAGAUUCAGCCUCAUAUCUUCCCAGUUUGAUAUUCGGCACCUAUAUAGGUUGGAUUUACCUCAGAUACUGGCAAAAAAAGGCAGAGACAAAUCUGAGAGGCGACCCGAGUGAUGAAUUUUCUUUGUCUACCUUUUUUCCUGAACUUUUAAGACCUGUAAUUGAUCCUGUUGCCACUAUUUUUGAGCGAUUGUUUUGUGGAAGAAGAACUGAAUCUACGGAUGAGUCAAGAGGCCACACUUUGGGAGGGACUUCAUUGCCUGGUUCGGAUCCUAUUGAAGCAACCAGAAGGAGGGAAAGAGGUGCUCGGGCACUCGAAGAAAGACUUGCAGCUGAGAGACUCGCUGCUUCAAAGAAGACUGAGGAUACGCAAAAUGAUGCAGCCGAAAAUGUCUAGAAGCUUUCGAGAAGGCAAUUUGUGUAUGCACGGUUUUCUCUUCGACAAACUUCUGCACAAAUUUAUUGAUGCAUGUUUUCAGAUUCUGGGAGAAAAUUUUCUUGUUUAUGUUUGGUUAUGAUUCUCUCACGAGCACUAGUUUUAUUAGAACAUAUUCUAACAAGAGAAAUUGGUAAUUUUCAAUUCAGAACUUCGGAAAUGUAUCAACUCUGUUUUCUUNAGGAAAAUGAAAAAAAAAAAAAAAUG